AUGUUCGAACAACCAUCGUCGACGACUAGCACCACGACGAGCUCUGGUGGUUCUGGCUCCGAAACUAACCACUAUUUUGAGUUGGGCGCGCCGAGAACUCCGGCGAAUCAAGGUCAUCCGACGUCGGUGAUAGUUCCGCCAAGACAACAUCAUCAUCUGAAUAAUCAACAUCAACAGAACGACUCGUCCCCAAUAACUCCUUGUACUCCGUAUUACCCAACACAUGGAUAUGGAUUUCCAUUGUUUUUGGGGACUGACUUCUUGCAGUUUCCCCCAAGUGACCUCUCAUCUCCUCUUACGCCGAACAUCAGCUCGCCGCUCACGCCGCAUCCGUUCGGUCAGAUCCCAGGAAUCCCCACAAACCAACUCUAUAACCGUUCCUCGUUCCCGGACUUUUACGCGGCGACAUCGUCUUCGCCUAUGGUACAAUACAGUACGGGCAAGAAAUCGUCGGCUGGUAGAAAACCAAAGGAGGAGGAUAAUAUGGACGAUGAUGAUGAUGAUAAGAAGCUGAAACGACGUCAGAGGAACAAGGAAGCAGCCGCCCGGUGUCGACAGAGAAGAAUCGAUUUGAUGAAAGAGUUGCAAGAUCAAGUGAACGGAUUCAAGCAUCUCAAUGAGAAGAAGACGGCAGAGGCGAACGAUAUCCGGAACAAACUAAACAGUCUCAAAAACUAUCUGGAAACUCACGACUGUAAACUGAGUCCAGAAGAGAGAAUGAAUCAAAUGCGUCAUCUGACAAUCCCUCAACCAUCCCAACCACCACCACAACAUCAUCAUCUCCAUCACCAAUUGAGGGUUCAACCACCAAGAGCGGACUCUGUUCCCUAUUCUGUGAAAUCCGGUCACUCAUCCUCUUCAUCAGAACAACACUCACCAAUUGAGGACUACAAGCCAUCAAUUGAUCAGUUACAACUCCCUCCGAUUUCCUGUAUCCAACAACCCAAGGAUCGGAGUCACAACUUGAUGCCACCACCUCCAUUGCCUGCGAGUACAAGUUCUGCUGGAAUGCAAGUUAUAACUUCGAUUCCAGUUUCACACUCUGUAUCCAUCCCAAUCAUCAAUCGAUCAGAAAACAUUUUCGUGGAACCCGAGCUAAAGAUUCCAAAAAUCGAAAUGGAUCGAACACUUGCUUCGUUGGCAGAAGACGUGGAACGCCCGUCGACACUUCCGAUGCUUUCUCGAACUCCUGUCAAUCAUCCAAUAACAACUCCUGGAAGAAUUUUCCGUUUCAAUGGAGAGCACUAUCAAACACCGCAAGGAGCGCAAGGAGGCCUAUUUAUUGGAGGAGGAGCAGAUGGAAGUGACUUCCUUGCCUCAAACACCGGGUUAACGCCUUCAGGCCAGCCAACGAUGAACUUUGUUUCCACUCCGACCCCGAUUCAACCACUCCCGGAUGCAGAUCUCCGCCCACUUUAG